GAGAUCGGGCGCCGACCUACCGUCGGCUUGCUGUGUUCCCCAACCAAGUAUCUCCCACCAGCGAGGCACCGCCUCAACCGGGACAAGCUCCAAGCUCCCAACUGGUCUCCCGACAAGCGUGCCUCUGGCAGUCCCAAUAAAGGAGGGAAAAAGAAGCUCCAUCCUGUUACCUCCCACGGUACCAUGGACCCUUUUAUAUCACCUGGAGUGCGGACAGGGACGACAGGCAGUGAGGGAGGGGCUGAGAGGAAGAUGGAUAGGGAAGUUGAGUGGGUUGUGCCAUAA